AUGAAUUCAAAGCUGCAAGCAAUCUACGAAUGGGGAUCACAGUGGCAAGUAAAAAUUGGCCCCAACAAGACCCAGACAAUGGUUAUAUCCCGCUCUCCAGCUGCAUCAGACGUCAUGAAGGACAAAAUCUUCAUGAAUAACAUCGCCCUUCCACUCGAGGACUUUAUCUCAGUCCUCGGUGUAGACAUAGACAGUGGUCUAAGAUUUAACAGGCACGUCAGCAGGAUCUGCAAAACAGCUUCUUUGAAGGUGACAGCCCUUCGACGCAUAUCCCACCUCUUAAAUCCUCAGGGAAUACUUACACUAUACAAGUCCCAGAUCAGACCCCAUUUAGAAUAUGCCUCGUUGGCCUGGUCGUCUACUGCGCCCACCAGCCUCAACAGGCUGGACAAAAUAGAAAAACGGGCUCUCGGGCUUAUCCAGGAAGCCAAUCUUCGCCACAUCGACGCGCUGGAACAUCGUCGCGACGUCGGGGCUCUAACGGUGCUCCACAAGGCUCAGGUGCAGCAGGUGCCUCAUCUAGCCAGCCUCCGUCUCCCACCCCACGGCCGAGAGAGAAGUACGAGAACGGUACAGUCUAAUCGGCUCCUGGUGGAAGUUCCGAGGUCGCGGUCUAGCCAGCAUCAGCGCACCUUCUCUGCCAGAACAGCACGUCUGUGGAAUGCAUUCACAUCCACUAUCGAUGUCGCCGAAAUGACCACGCAACAAGUGAAGACAGCGGCACACCGAUGGCGGUCGAGCAAACCAUCACCUCUUAACUUUGUUAUAUAA